ACACGAGCUCCCCGUUUCCCUCUAAUCUCCCAAAACCCCUAAGCUUCUUAUUCUUCUUCGUUUUAUUUAGCAAGCAACAAAGAAGGAGAAUAAGAGGAAUCCUUGUGGUUAUAUAUUGAACUUUCAAAUCAACUCACCCUCUGAGUUAUGGGCUGCUGCGAGUCUUCCUUUCUUAGACGACGCGACUCGGACCAAAAAACCAAUCACAACUCCAACGCCAACAACAACGGUCUCCCUCAGGCCAGUAACGGUCCUGCCCAACCCUCCCCCGGAACAGAUUCACUUGCCGCUGUCGCCGUAGGAUUCCUUCGGUUCUCGGAGUUCUCUAUUGCUGAGCUUAAGGCUGCUACCAACAACUUCAGCUCCGAUUUCAUCGUCUCCGAAAGCGGCGAAAAGGCUCCCAAUGUGGUCUAUAAAGGCCGCCUCCAAAACGACAGUAAUCGCCGGUGGAUCGCCGUCAAAAAAUUCUCCAAGUUAGCCUGGCCCGAUCCGAAACAAUUCGCCGAUGAAGCUUGGGGUGUCGGGAAGCUGAGACAUAAGAGAGUCGCGAAUUUGAUUGGCUAUUGCUGCGACGGUGACGAGAGAUUGCUUGUUGCUGAAUACAUGCCCAAUGAUACCCUUGCAAAGCAUUUAUUUCACUGGGAGAACCAGACUAUUGAGUGGGCCAUGCGAUUGCGAGUUGCUUUAUAUAUAGCUGAAGCGUUAGAAUAUUGUAGUAGUGAAGGUCGUCCACUGUACCAUGAUCUGAAUGCAUAUAGGGUUCUCUUUGAUGAGAAUGGUGAUCCUCGACUUUCAUGUUUUGGCUUGAUGAAGAACAGUAGGGACGGAAAAAGUUAUAGUACCAAUCUUGCGUAUACACCUCCAGAGUAUCUAAGAAACGGAAGGGUCACUCCUGAAAGUGUUAUAUUCAGCUUUGGAACUGUCCUUUUAGAUCUACUCAGCGGAAAGCACAUUCCCCCAAGCCAUGCCCUUGAUAUGAUACGGGGAAAAAAUAUUCUUCUUUUAAUGGAUUCUCAUCUAGAGGGAAACUUUUCAACUGAAGAGGCGACAGUGGUCUUUGAUCUCGCCUCACGAUGUUUGCAAUAUGAACCAAGGGAGCGGCCUAGUACGAAAGAUCUUGUGGAUACAGUUUCCCCUUUGCAAAAUAAAUCUGAUGUUCCAUCUUAUGUGAUGUUGGGAAUUUCCAAGCAGGAGGAUGGGCCUCCUCUUCAGCAACCUCCGUCUCCUCCUCUGCAGCCUCUGUCUCCAAUGGGCGAUGCCUGUUCAAGGAUGGAUCUGACUGCUAUCCAUCAAAUUUUGGUAAUGACACAUUACAAAGAUGAUGAAGGAACAAAUGAGCUAUCCUUUCAAGAAUGGACUCAACAAAUGAGAGAUAUGUUGGAGGCAAGAAAGCAUGGAGAUGUGGCAUUUCGUGACAAAGAUUUUAGAACCGCUAUAGAAUGCUAUUCUCAGUUCAUAGAUGUUGGAACCAUGGUUUCUCCAACUGUGUAUGCACGGAGAAGUCUAUGCCAUCUUCUCUGUGAUCAGCCAGAUGCUGCUCUCCGAGAUGCAAUGCAAGCACAAUGUGUCUACCCAGACUGGUCGACAGCAUUUUACAUGCAAGCUGUUGCCCUUGCCAAGCUAGAAAUGCACAAGGAUGCGGCUGACAUGUUGAAUGAAGCUGCUGCUCUAGAAGAGAAAAGGCAACGGGGCAGGAAAUGAUCUUGAGAAGUCUAAGUUGUGGAGCUGUAAAAUUCGUUUGUAAUGGGGCUGAAAUCAGCUCUUAUGAUGGUUGUUGUAACCAAACAUGUGAAAUUCAUGUAUAGUAGAAAGUCGAAAUUGUGAUCUCCGUCCAAAUGUGGCAUGUUCUAUUUAUCCAGGGAGGGAGGAGAGGCACUUGUAUUUCCCACUGGUACUUCCAUUUGGCAAUGUCAUCACCUCUUUCUUUUCUUUUGCUGCUAUCUUAAUGAAAUAAUCAAUUUUGCUUGCUCA